UCGCGCUCGCCGACGCCUUACCACUCCCGCGCCCCGCCGUACCUCGCCCACCGCGCAGUGGCUCGCCGUCCCUCUCCGGCCGGGAUUCGACCACCAUGGCACGGAUCCGGUACGAGGAGGCUGCUGGCGCCAGCUCCUGCGCCAGCGCCCGCUCCCGCGCCAGCGCCCGCUCCCGCGCCAGUUACAGCUCCCCCACCAAACGUCACCCCCCCACGUUGUUGGCAACCGCCUUGACCGUGAGCCACGACCGAGCGCACCCGCGAGCCGCGACAAGCCGCAGCUCUACUCAGUGUUGCCAUGCUCCUCCGUCGCACACACGAAAGUCGUUCAUCGGUGUGUCGCCUGCCCUCUUGGGAUUGCCUGCUGCAUUGAGAAGGUUACAUCCAGUGUGGUGCUUCGUUCAUCGGUGUGUCCUCUUGUGAUUGCCUGCUGCGUUGAGAAGCUAACAUCCAGUUUAAUGGCACCACUUCGCCUUGGUGGAAGUAAGAGGACAUAUGCGGAGUAUGCGGAGCCAAAUCCAGCAACGGAUUGCUUAAAGUUGUUCGAUGAUGUUGAUGAUUCUCGAGGUCUACCUCAGACUUGGACUAUAAUUGUAAGGAUAGAUGUUAAAUUCCCUAUGGAGCCUAGGUAUCAUGAUAAGCAACACUUCAUCCUUGUCGACACCACUGGUUCCAAAAUUGAAGCAAUUUCAUAUGGCAAUAACGUCCAUCGAUUUGACACACUACUUCAGCAAGGAUGCAAGUACAUUUUGAAAGAUGUAGUUUUUGGGCCAAACUGGGGGGACCUUGAAUUCAGAAAUAUUGGGCAUCGGUUUGAGGUGACAUUGACCAGAAAAACUCGUGUUGAGCCAUACACCUUCCGACUUCAGUUCCCUCCCUGCCCAAAGCAUCUUAUGCCAUUUCAUGAAGUGAUCCGACAACCCAACAAGACAUUUGUAGAUGUUAUGGGAAUAGUUGUCCAUAUGGAGCCAUUGGAGCAUGUGGGCAAUAGGCUAUAUAGAGAGGUUGUGUUAAUGGAUGCAAGGUGGCACCUUAUUAUUGUUGGGAUUUGGAGUGACCUCUUCUGCCGGAAUUUUCAACGAUGGUACAAAGCUAGAGAUGAAAAGGAAAUUAUAAUUGCCACUAUGCUGCGACGAAACUCUACACACAGAUGCUUGGAGAGCUCAGACCACACAUCACUGGACUUCAACCCAAGACAUCACACAUGGCAUCAACUAGCAACUGUUCGGCGAAUAAUGAUGGAAAGGCAGAAUCUUCGCUUCGUUAACAGAUAUCUUGAAGCAAGAUGGGCAUACUUGGCGACCGUGUUACCACACUGAUCGAUAUGGGAAUCAAGGAAAAUUAGAUGUAGGGUCAUUAGGAAGUGUUUCUAGAUUGUUUGUCACUAGACUAUUUAUCACUGCUAUGUUUUCGAAAUUUGUAUUAAUGUUACCAGAAGAAGACUACAUUUCCAAUACAUUCAUGGUUGUGCUAUUCAAAAGUGUUUAGUUGAGUGGACAAUAUACUAUGAUAGUAUAUUUUGGUUAUCAUGUGUUGAAUACAAGAAGAGCGAGGCAGGCAUCACUGGGUCGUAUGGAUUGCCAGAAGUUGCUUAAACAUGGUUGAUAGUUCCACA